AUGUGGCGGAAUUUCAAGGGAGAUUUGAGUAUUGAAAGCAAUAGCAUUACAUUAUCAGAGCAAGAGAAUAUCUUAUCAAACGUUCUAUCACAAAAGCAGUCCAUUGCAAUUGUUGAACAAAGUGAGGCGAAACAAGACGGAUCACAACCAAAAUUGAUCAAAAAUUCAAAAAUAUUAAAGCAAGAAUCGAAAACCGAUCGAGAAGUUAAAAAAGCAUCCGCGCAACAGAAAUCCAUUUCUAAAAAUAUGGCAGGAUCAAUAUUUGAUGUCCAUUCGAGAGUGGAUCGUCGGGCUCCUGAAUUGCCAAGUACCGAUGGCAUUGAAUACCCGAGAGCUGCAGCCUGGGCUAGUGAAUCAUUACAUAAUGUGUUGAAAGAUGAAAAAGGUCGUCAAUUGUUUCGUGUUUUCUUGCAUGAUGCAUUAGCGGAAGAAAAUUUGUCAUUCAUUGAAUCGUACGAGAAAUUCAAACUAAUGACAUCACCAGCUGAUAAAAAACAAUACAUUCAAGAGUUUUUUGAAAAAUAUUCACCUUACGUCAAUCUCAGCAGUGUAGCUUUGCAGAGAAUUAAAGAAACUGCAACACAAGACGAUCCGGAUCCAGCAGCAUUUUUGCUUGCCGUAAAGGAAGUGAACAGACUUCUGGAGAAUGAUCAAUUUCCGAGAUUUAAACGAUCCGAUGUUUACAUUAAUUUUCUGGAAAAAGUUAUGCCACGUGCAUAUGCCGAUAAAUGGACAACAAGUUUUGAAGCACUUGUUGGUCGAUAUUAUUUUCGCUAUUUUUUGCGAAAUAUUCAUGCAGAAGAAAAUUUACGUUUUUGGGAAGCGGUAAUUGAGUAUAAGCAACUAAAAAAUAAAAGUGCUGCAAUGCUUAAUAUGAGUCGAAACAUUCAAAAACAAUAUCUGGUUGAAGGGACAACUAAUGAGAUAUUUCUACCAUUUGGUUUACGUCAAGUAAUUGAUAAUCGAAUUGAAACAAAAAAUGUAGACAAUACAUUGUUCGAUGAGGCUGUGAAAUACGUCGAACAAGUACUUAAAAACGAUCCGUAUGUGCGAUUCCUCCAAUCUACCGAAUAUAACGAUUUAUUGGAUAAAUUAAAAUAA